CAGACAGUCCCCUUCCAACCCUCCAUAGGUUGCAAGCGCCCGCCCCCCAACGCGUCCACCGCACUGCCAACAGCGCGGUCGGCGCCCAGCGGAACUCUGCGUCCCACACGCGUUUCUGGAGAGGAGAUUUCGGCAUCGGACCUCAGGUCCCACGUAGUUUCCGGCGGCGACGGCGACGCAUGGCGGCCGUAGGACAUCCUGCUCGGGAGACACCAGUGGCCGCAGGCCCAGGGCACUCCACGCGCAGUGACUCUGCCGCCCGGGCGCUCUCCGAACGCGGUGAAGGCGGCGCAGCCUCAAAGAAGCAAAAGAAGAAGAAAACCCGGAACGGAGCCUCUGUGGCGAAUGGAGGCGGGAAGGUCUCCGAAGAGCCGGGCUCAGAGGAAGCGUCCCUCUGCGCGGAGGCUCAGGCAGAGCAGCUGGCCCGGGAACUGGCGUGGUGCGUGGAGCAGCUGGAGCUGGGCCUCAAGAUGCAGAGACCCAGUCCGAAACAGAAAGAGCAGGCUCUUGGGGCAAUCCGAACCCUGCGUAGCCAAAGAACCCCUCUGCCGCGGAAGAGGCAGCUGAUGCGCUCCUUGUUUGGGGACUACAGGGCUCAGAUGGAAGCUGAGCGGCAAGAGGCCCUUCGGGUUCUCAGGACUGCAGCCCGCACAGCCCAGGUGCAGCCUGUAACUGAGGCCACCAGAAGGAAGAGUGGGAGGGUCUGCAGGACUCACCAAGCAGUGGUAGCCAAGGCCACCCUGGACACUCCUGAUGAAGAGUUCAGGUUCAAUUUCUUUUAGUCUGUCCUCCAUCCUGGAACAUUUCCCCUCCCCAGGUAGUGUGGGGGUUUCUGUUGAGUGUAGAUCAGAGCCUUUCUGGGAAUGCACUGUUCGACAGAUGUUGAAAGAAUGUUCUAUUUAAUCUGUAGUCUGAGAUUAAGCAGCUGUUUGUAAUAAGGACUAUGGAGGAAGCUAUACCUGUUCCCUGUUCUCACCCAUAAAAGAAUGUCCUGUCAAAUGGUGUAAUGCUUUAUCCCAUAAUGUCCUGUUGUACUAAUAAAACGAUUUUUUGUAAAAAUGGAA